AUGUCUGAGAGCACAGCUUUUCUCUCUGGUCUCUCAAGAGUCAAGAAGACUGAGAGAAACUUGGAAGAUCAUGGGACCUUCUUGGCUGAAAAUUUCAAACUUCUCUACCAGUUUACCUUCUCAACGAGUAAAGCCUACCAUGAUUAUCUUGCUAGUUAUUUCUAUUUGUGUUUGUUUAUCUCCAAUAAUGAGGACUUGACACUUGUGCAGGUGAGCUGGUGCAAGUUUGAGGUUACUGUUGAAUCUCCCAAGGUUAUCACUGGUUUCGCUCCGGAGGAAAAAGUGGUUCAUCCUCCUGCUGUCGUCACAGCUAUAAAUUUAAAGACUAUAGUCAAUGAAAAGCACAACAUCAGCGAAAUUAUUUCCGCCUCUCUUCUCUGUUUUCACAACGCCAAGAUUGACGUUCCAAUGGCAGGUCCAGAGAGAAAGAGAUGUGGUAUUCUGAGUCAUUUCACUGUUGUUAGGAAUCCUGAAGGAACCGGCUGGAAGAAAGAAGUGGCUGACAGAAAUUCAAAGAAGGGCUGCAGUGUUUUAAGUUUUGAAAACAGUGAAAGAGCUUUGCUGAACCGAUUGUUUCUGGAGUUGAACAAAUUGGACAGUGAUGUUCUUGUGGGACAUAACAUAUCAAGGUUUGAUCUGGAUGUCCUUCUCCAAAGAGCCCAGGCUUGCAAAGUUUUGAGUAGCAUGUGGUCCAAAAUUGGCCGUCUCAAACGUUCGUUCAUGCCUAAGCUUAAAGGGAACAACAAGUGCGGAGCUACACCAGGGCUCAUGUCUUGCAUUGCUGGAAGACUAUUAUGUGAUACAGAUCUAUGUUCUCAAGACUUGUUGAAGCAGGUCAGUUAUUCGUUAACAGACCUUUCAAAGACACAGCUGAACCAGGACAGGAAACAGAUAUCGCCUCAUGAUAUUCCCAAAAUGUUUCAGUCAUCUAAGACACUUGUGGAACUUAUUGAAUGUGGGGAGAGAGAUGCAUGGUUAUCCAUGGAGCUCAUGUUUCAUCUAAGUGUUCUUCCUCUCACUCUCCAGCUUACUAACAUAAGUGGCAAUCUCUGGGGGAAAACUCUUCAAGGAUCCAGGGCGCAGAGAAUUGAAUACUACUUACUACAUACAUUCCACUCGAGAAAGUACAUCCUCCCAGACAAAAUUUCGCAACGUAUGAAGGAUAUUAUAAAGUCAUCAAAAAGAAGAAUCAGCCAUGGUGAAUUGGAUGCUGACUUGGCUUUGGAGAAUGAUCCGUCUAAGAAGGGUCCAGGCUACGCUGGUGGACUGGUGUUGGAACCAAAGAAAGGGUUAUAUGACAAAUAUGUGGUGCUUCUUGACUUCAAUAGUCUUUACCCGUCUAUUAUACAGGAAUAUAAUAUAUGUUUCACGACUGUGCCACUGUCAGAAGACGGAGUUCCUCGUUUACCUUCGAGCCAGACACCUGGAAUUCUUCCAAAGUUGAUGGAAUAUUUGGUCAGUAUAAGGAAACGUGUCAAACAAAACAUGAAGAAGGAAACAGGUCUCAAGUACUGGGAGCUUGACAUUCGGCAGCAGGCAUUAAAACUCACAGCCAAUAGUAUAUACGGAUGUCUGGGGUUCUCUGAUUCAAGAUUCUACGCUAAGCCUUUAGCAGAGCUCAUAACACUACAGGGAAGGGAGAUCCUGCAAAGAACCGUGGAUCUUGUACAGAAUCAUUUAAACCUAGAGGUGAUUUAUGGUGACACAGAUUCAAUCAUGAUUCACAGUGGACUAGAUGAUAUGGAAGAGGUCAAAACCAUUAUAACAAAAGUCAUCCAAGCGGUCAAUAAGAAGUACAGAUGUCUGAAAAUUGACUGUGAUGGCAUAUAUAAGAGAAUGCUUAUUCUAAGAAAAAAGAAGUAUGCUGGCGUCAAGUUGCAGUUCAAGGACGGGCAGACUUGCGAGGAAAUUGAAAGAAAAGGUGUGGAUAUGGUUCGUCGAGACUGGAGCUUACUCUCCAAGGAAAUUGGAGACUUAUGCUUGGCUAAGAUCUUUUAUGGAGGGUCGUGUGAGGAUGUUGUUGAAGCAAUUCAUAACGAACUUGUGAAGAUAAAAGAGGAAAUGAGAAAUGGGCAAGUUGCACUUGAGAAGUAUGUCAUCACCAAGGCAUUGACUAAACCACCAGAAGCUUAUCCAGAUUCCAAAAGCCAACCACACGUUCAAGUCGCACUCAGAAUGAGGCAACGUGGUGUUAAAGAAGGUUUCAAUGCCAAGGAUACUGUACCUUAUAUAAUCUGCUAUGAACAGGGUAAUGCUAGCUCUGUCAGCUCAGCAGGGAUUGCCAAACGCGCUAGGCAUCCUGAUGAGGUGAAGUCAGACGACAGCAGAUUGUUGGUUGACAUAGAUUACUACUUGGCACAGCAGAUUCAUCCCGUGGUGUCUCGUCUGUGCGCAGAGAUUCAGGGCACAAGUCCUGAGAGGUUAGCCGAGUGUUUAGGACUUGACCCAUCAAAGUAUCGAAGCAACGAUGCUACGAGCAGUGAUCCUUCUACAUCCCUCUUGUUUGCUACAAGCGAUGAAGAAAGAUAUAAAAGCUGUGAGCCGUUAACACUAACAUGCCCCAGCUGCUCUGCUUCUUUCAACUGUCCAUCUAUUACUAGUUCAGUUUGCACGUCGAUCAGUAAUAAAUCUGAAACAGAGGAAUCUACAUUCUGGCUUAGACUGCAUUGCUCGAAAUGCAGGGGAAUAAUAUCCCCUGCAAUGAUAGCUAAUCAGGUGAAAAGGCAGAUUGAUGGGUUCCUGUCAAUGUACUACAAAGGCACAAUGAUGGUGAAGAAUAUAGAACCUUCUCCCUUGCCUCGUUUUUAUAUAUAUCCAUAUAAUACCCGGGUUUGUGUUGAAGACGUUUGAGCUCGGAGUUGGUGAGAACCGCGCUAAACCCGUGAACCGAAUCCGUAUAAGCGUAGAGAAUCUUUGGUUUUCUUCCGGUGGUAACCGAAGUAAGAGUCGUGGAAAACCAGCUCUGGUGAUCGGUAAAAGGUGCCGGUUUGGCGGAUAAGUCCAUGUGGAUGAUGUAAAUAGAGGUCUCCGUUGUUGCUGUGGCUACGGAGAAAGGGAUGAGAAGAAGAAUCAUGACAGUGAUCGCCAUGUCUGAGAGCACAGCUUUUCUCUCUGGUCUCUCAAGAGUCAAGAGUCAAGAAGACUGAGAGAAGCUUGGUCUUAAUGUAAUUAAGAAACUGGAUUGUUUUAUUUUUUAGGUAUGACACAAAAGUUGUAGGGAGAGAUUGUAACCUUUGUUUCUCUUUUGCUUUUGCUGUUAAAAACAGUAUUAGGUGGUGCCAAUGGUGGACAAACACAUCUCAUCAUCAUUGUUUCUUUUGACUUUAUCUU